UAUCCGUAUUUAUUAUGUCUAUCCAUAUGAUAUGGAUGACGAAUGACGUCUCCAUACAUUGUCAUAAAAUAAGGAGACAUUUAUACACUAUAUAUUAAGUAGAACUUUUUUAAAAAGUUGGCUGUGAAAAAGUAUUCUGGAGAUCGCUAAAUAUUAAGGUAUUAUUCAUAAAUAUAGAUUGAUUACAUAAAGAUUUGUUUAUAGUUAGCAAUUCUGAGGUUUUCAUAUUAUAUAGUGUCAUAAACAAUCUUUAAAAAGUCAAUCAGUGAGUGAAAAAAUAGUGUUUUUUCCUUAAAUUCAUUUCAUUGUUAUCACAAUGCUUGAAGUAUCAAUAAAUAUAAGUGUAGAAUAGAUAAAAUAACUCAAAAAAAGUUAUAUUUUUCAAUUAGUCUUUUGAAAAAUGACUAAUAAUGGUCUUUUGAAUACUCAUGUGGUGAUCCAAAACGUAAAAAAGUUGUUUUCAUUCUAAAAUUUGAAGAAAAGGAUGCAAUAAUGGCUGGUGCAACUCAAAUAUCUGGAGGACUUAGUAAAUUGAAAAAAAAACAUUUCCGUGUUAAACAUCAAAAAGUUAAAGUAUUUAGAGCGAAUGAACCUUUACUUAGUGUUUUUAUGUGGGGUGUUAAUCAUACAAUUAACGAACUCAGUCACGUAAAUAUUCCAGUAAUGCUGUUACCUGAUGAUUUCAGAGCUUAUAGUAAAUUAAAAAUAGACAAUCAUCUGUUCAACAAAGAAAAUAUGCCGUCUCAUUUCAAAGUAAAAGAAUACUGCCCUCUUGUAUUCAGAAAUUUAAGAGAAAGAUUUAGUAUAGAUGAUCAAGAUUAUAAAGAAUCAAUGACAAGAUCACAACCUAUUCUCGAUGAUUCUUCUGGAAAAAGUGGUGCUAAGUUUUAUCAGUCAUUUGAUAAAUUAUUUAUUCUGAAAACAUUAACAAGUGAAGAAGUUGAACGUAUGCAUUCUUUUCUAAAACAUUAUCAUCCGUAUAUAGUAGAACGGCAUGGGAAAACCUUGUUACCACAGUAUCUGGGAAUGUAUAGAUUGACCGUUGAUGGAGUGGAACAUUACGUUGUAUCUAUAAGAAAUGUUUUUUCUAAUCAUUUGACAACGCAUAAGAAAUUUGAUUUAAAAGGAUCUACUGUAGAUCGUGAAGCAUCCGACAAGGAGAAAGAAAAGGAUUUACCUACUUACAAAGAUAAUGAUUUUGUAAAGGAGAAAACGAAGAUUUACAUCGGCGAUGAAGCAAAGUCCAAAUUAAUAGAAACAUUAAAUGCUGAUGUUGAUUUUUUAACUCGUCUACAUCUCAUGGAUUAUUCAUUGCUUUUGGGAGUGCAUGAUUGCGCACGAGCAGAACAAGAAAAUAAAGAAAAUGCUGAAAAAGAAGAAGAAGAUGAUAACCAUGACGAAGAUGAUGACAGCGAGUCUGGUAGUGGUGCAGAAGGUCGAGGCACUGGGACAGAGCGUUUGUGGGGUUGGACUGGUGUAACUACACCACCAGAAUCUCCUCCAGGUAUAUUGUUACGGGAUUCCAGUCUUCAGUAUGAGGAUACAAUCAUCCCAGAGUUAGAUAUUUAUGCAAUUCCAUGUUCAGAAAAUGCCCCUAAUAAGGAAAUCUACUUCCUUGCUAUAAUAGAUGUUCUUACUCAUUAUGGUGUACGUAAGCAAGCAGCCAAAGCAGCCAAAACUGUCAAAUACGGAGCAAAUGUGGAUGGAAUUUCUACUUGUGAUCCUGAUCAGUACGGCAGACGAUUUAUAGAAUUUUUAAGUAAAGCUAUUGAGUAAAUUAUUGAAUAAAUUAAAUCAUAAUUUUGAUGUAUUUAUUUUAAUAACCGAGUCUUUUGUGAAUCAUGAAUAAAAUUUUACAAUAGUUAUUUCUAACUAAUUAGUUCUAAGUAUAUUAGUGUAUUCAUCAAAACUGAAAAAAUACAUUAGAUUGU